AUGUCUUGUGGUGUUCUUGGUUUGGUAUCCGCCUUCCAAGAUACCCUGCACACAGUACUCACUGUCCAUGUGUUUAUAGUCAUUAUCUUGUUACAUAUUUUGAUUAUUUCUUUGAUGCGUACUAGUCAGGAUGUCCUCAACACACGUUUCUUGGAACAGGAAUGGCUGCCUGUGCAUUCUGAUCCGGACAGGGGAGCGCACGGAAUGACAAACCAGAGACUAUUUGAUAAUUUGAAGAGGACAAAUAACUUCUGCGGCCUUAGAGGGUGUCAACUUAUAUCACAAGAAGGCACUUCCACUCAAGACCUCGGUUCCGCCAAUCCCUCCAAGAGCUUGCGAGAAGUUGCAGCUCAGUUUGGUGUCUCCCAUGUCACUCUUCAUGACCGAUUGAAUGGAAUCCACCUCCCCUCCGGUAUCCGUACCCAUCGUCGUCUCUCCAUCAUCCAGGAAGAAGCUGUAUUGGAGAAGAUAAACCAAUAUGCAGCCAGGGGUACCCUCCUCACUCCCAAACAUGUCCGUCACUUCGCACAAUCCCUCUGUCUUGAGACCCUUGGGGUAAACUGGACCUCCACUUUUCUCAAGCGAUAUCAGGAUCGUGUCUCCUCUAAGUUCUAUCGAGUUCAGGAGGUUGCGAGGCUCCGGGCAAACACACCAUCAAACAGGAUCGCUUUCCUGUCUCUUGUCAAAGAAACACUUGAAACUGGUGAUUUCCGACCUGAAAACAUCUACAAUGUUGACGAAGUUGGUUUUGACCUCUCCGGAUCUCGCAAACUACGUCGUGUUGCUCCCCGAGAUGCUCCCAUUAAAUCCCAAGCCGCAUUGUCCAAUGCUAUUGUCUGUCACAGGGUUGCUUCUUCGUUAACUUCCUACGACCGACGGCCAAUAACUUCGUGGGCUUCGACCUUUACCAACUUCGUUGUUCGAGAUAUGAAAUAG